AUGGCUGCUCUCUUGCGCCCGUCAUCCCGCCUCCUCCCCCGUCCGGCCCUCUCCCGCCGCCCGCCCCGCCUCGGCCCACUCAGGAGACUGUCCACCCCUGCAGAGUCUCCGACCGAGGCUGCAUCCAGAUUCGGCUCUACUGCUCUCCUUGUCGCUCUCGGCUUCGGUGCAUUCGCCGGAUCCUACCUCCUCUGGCCAGACGAGUCCCGCGCAGCACCCACCAAGACGCGUGCGCUCUUGUCACCAAGCCACUUCACGCCGGUCACCGUCGCUGCCACAGAGCUCUGCCAAGACCCAAACACGCGUCUGAUCACUCUUGCCAUCCCUCCAAAUUCCAUCCCAUCCACGGACGGCUCUGCAUUCGGCCCGAUCUGGUCAAUAUAUGUCAAGGAUGACGAUAUUCAAGUAGAACGUGCUUUUACACCGCUGGAGGGCAUAGACGCGGAAGGCCGCAUCAAGCUUUGGGUCAAGAAGUACGACAAGGGAGAGGUCGGCCGUUGGUUGCACUCCAAGAGACCAGGCAAUCAAAUAGAGAUCCGCGGACCGCUUAAGACCUGGCCAUGGGAGGAGGGCGAGUGGGACGAGGUGGUCAUGAUUUCGGGAGGGACUGGGAUUACACCAUUCUUCCAGCUUCUUCACAAGGAGUUACUGAGCCGGCCGUCGAAGAGCCCACGGCCGAAAACACGGUUCACAUUACUGCACUCCUCUCGCACGCCGAACGAAUUGCCGCCUCCCGAAAUAACUCGGCCGUUAAUGGCGUACUCCCAGGCCCACCCAGAACGUCUGAAGCUCUCAUUCCACGUCGACGCCCGUGAGGGUCCUUCCCACUCCACUGUCUCCUCGUCCGAGCUGCAUGUAGGACGGAUCGGAAGAGGAGACGUGGGGAAAGCGAUGGGUUCAGCGUCCAACAGCUGGUGGUCGAGCUUCUUCGGCGGCCCUGGCAAAGGCCCGGUCGGGACGGGGAAGAAGGUGAUGUUCCUGGUGUGUGGGCCCGACCGGAUGGUGGCGGCUAUAGCAGGACCGUAUGGACGGAAUUUCUCACAGGGGGAGGUCGGUGGGGUGCUUGGGGAGUUGGGGUACGGCAAAGACUCGGUCUGGAAGCUGUAG